CCUUCCGAGUAUACACCGAUCGCCGGUCGCCGAGAACGCGGUUGGAGACGCCGAACGACGACAAUACGACAUCAUCAUCGAUCCGCAUCAGUUUACACUGUGUACACAUCACUCUUUCGGGGUAUUUUUGACUGUCGGUGACAGACAUCGUGAUAUUGCCCGGAGAUCUUGUGUAGUCGAUCCUGAAAUUGCAUUCGUUUCGUCGUCGUCAACGAGAUUUUUGUCACUUUGUCAGUCUGUGACAUCUAAUCGACCAGCUUUCAGUAUUCGUACGGUCCAUCUCGACAUCGUCGACAACAUUAUACGUAAUUAUACAGUGUGACGUGAAAAUCAAUUUGAUUUUAAGCUAGCUGAUAAAUAGCAGUAAUUCAUAAGUUGUGAAAACUAAAAUUUAACAAUGCUUGCCUUGUCAAAACUAGCAUAUUUUGAAUGUAACGAAUUUCAAAAGCAUUGGUAUAAUACUACACCAAAUAAUGUAAUCAAAAUUAUUAUUCAUCCGUGUUGCGAAACUUUAAUACUAUACAUAAAGGGAGAAAAAAAAAUUAAACCUCGGUUGGAUACUAAGGUAUGUGCUACUGCUGCAGAUGUUGGACAUUUAGACUGUUUAGAAUCGGCUCGCAGACUAGGGUUUGCAUGGAACAAAGAUGUUUGCAUGGCUGCUGCAAAAAAUGGUGAUUUAGAAUGUUUAAAAUAUGCCCAUGAAAGUGGUUGUCCAUGGGAUAGAAGCAUAUGUUAUACUGCUGCGAAACAUGGUCAUUUGCAUUGCUUAAAAUAUGCUUAUGAAAACAAGUGCCCUUGGGACAAAUAUACAUCCAACUGGGCUGCAAAUUCUGGAAACUUUGACUGUUUGGAAUAUGCAUUCAAAAAUGGAUGUCCAUGGGAUGAAAGAACAUGCAUGUUGGCUGCUCAUAAUGGACAUAUUGAUUGUUUAAAAUUUGCCCAUGAAAAUGGGUGUCCAUGGGCUGAAGACACAUGCAAAUGGGCUGCAAGUAGUGGACAACUGCAGUGUUUGAUGUAUGCUCAUAGUAAUGGUUGUCCAUGGACUGUUGAAACAUGCACCAAAGCUGCUACAAAUGGUCAUUUGGAAUGCUUGAAGUAUGCACACGAAAACGGGUGUGAAUGGGAUAAAAAAACAUGCACUAUGGCUGCUACUAAUGGACAUUUAGAUAUUUUGAUGUAUGCCUAUGAAAAUGGAUGUCCAUGGGAUGAAUGUACAACUUUUUGUGCUGCCGAAAGUGGACAUUUAGAUUGCUUAAUUUAUGCUUUUACUCAUGGAUGUGGAUGUGAUGACAAAACAUCCAGUGCCGCCGGUAGAAAUGGGCAUUUGGAUUGUUUAAAGUAUCUGCAUGAAAAUAAAUGUAGUUGGGAUUCAUUUUUGACAUAUGGAUCUGCAAAAUAUGGACAUAUGGAUUGUCUCCAGUAUGCCCAUGAAAAUGGAUGUCCAUGGCAUUCAGAUACAUGCUAUAUGGCUGCAGUAAAUGGGCACUUUGAUUGCUUAAGAUAUGCUCGAAAAAAUGGUUGUCCAUGGGAUGAUAGAACACGUGAAUGGGCUAUUAAUCAUGGACAAUUUGAGGACUGUUUAUAAUUAAUUUAUGAAAAGAUGAUUUUCCAAAUGGGAUGAUAUUGAGUUUACUCAUUAACUAGAUUUUUCAAACUUAUUUUGUAUACGAGUACCAUUAUCAAUUUAUUGAUAUCAGGAAUAGUACGUACAUAAUUUUAAAUUAAUUUUAAUUAAUACUAUAAAAAA